AUGCCGCCGACACAGACAGCUGCUUCGUCGACAAGCGACCAUGUUGAAAAGCCCCUACAGGGUGCCACCGCCAGUGGCCCCUCUGCGUCUGCCGGUGGUGUGACCGAGCGCAAGAUCACGGGUGUUGCGUGGUUCGUUGUCAACGUUGCCCUGCUGUCGGCCACUUUUCUGUACGCCCUCGACAAUACCGUGACAGCAACGGUGCGGCCUGCCAUUGCCGACACAUUUGGCCACCGCAUAGACAUGCUACCGUGGGUUUCAGUGGCAUAUCCCAUGGGUGAAGUUGGCACCAACCCCAUAUGGGCGAAGCUCAACAAGUUCCUCAAUGGCAAAUUUGUCUUUCUCGCCGCCCUGCUCAUCUUCGAAGUAGGAUCUGCGGUUAUUGGCUCAGCGUCGUCCAUUGGCGCUGUCAUCGCGGGUCGCGCUCUGGCUGGCUCUGGCGGCUCCGGCAUCUACGUCGGCACCAUUAGCAUGAUCACCGGAAUGACGACUGCCAAAGAACAAAACCAAUAUCUCAACAUUGUCGGCAUGGCGUGGAGCUUGGGAACCAUCCUUGGCCCCAUUAUCGGAUCUGCGUUUGCUGAUUCGCCUGCCACAUGGAGAUGGGCUUUUUACAUCAACAUCUGCGUUGCCGCCGUUGCCGCCCCCGCGUGUAUCUGGAUCAUGCCUUCGGCGCCACCUAGCGUGUCUCUGGGGGUUAUGGAUGUGAUCAAGGUAAUUGACCAUCUGGGUGCUGUGCUGUUUCUUGGCUCCGUCGUGUCGACAGUCAUGCUGCUGGGCUUUGGCGGCGUCGUGUACAGCUGGGAUAGCAGCCAGAUGAUUGGACUUUACGUUGCCACUGCUUUGCUAUGGAUCAUGUUUGCUCUGCAGCAGAAAUUCCACAUUCUCACGUCGGAUCGCAUCUUCCCCGUGCAGUUCUUCAAGGAUCCCUUGAUGAUUGGCCUGUGGAUCUGGACGAUUGUCGCAAUUUCUGACAUCGUCGUCACCAUCUACACGCUUCCGCUGCUUUUCCAGUUUGCGCUGCAUGAUUCUUCGAUGCGUUCUGCAGUCUACACGCUGCCAUUUGUGGCAUCUGUUGUGGUCAGUGCCGGCAUCAGCGGGGGACUUCUGCCCAAGUUCCCGUGGUACAAGUGCUGGUUCAUCUGGGCCAGUGCGCUGCUCCUUGUUAGCAACGGCCUGCUGUCCAGCAUCCACACGCACACAUCUAGGGCUGCCAUUUGUGGCUAUACCAUUAUCCAAGGCUUCGGCGUCGGACCAGUCAUUCAGCUCGGCUAUACCGUGGGCCAGUUGAAGCGUCCACAGGCGGCACGAAAGGACGUUACGGCGUUCUUCUCUUGUGCGCAGAUGGGUGGUCUAGCCUUGUCACUGGGCAUCGCCACGUCUGUUCUUAUCAACCAUGCCACGGAGGAGAUAUCGCCCAUUCUACCAAACGUUCCUCUUGGCGAAAUUAGAGGCGCCAUUGAUGGGGCGGGAAGUAGCCUGUUCGCGACGUUGACCGAACAUGUUCGUGCUCAGGUCACCAACGCAGUUACGCAGAGUGUGGCCUCUGUGUUUUACCUGAAUUUGUUUGGUGCAGCGCUUGGUUUCCUAAUUGCCCUUCCUCUCAAAUUUGAGAAGCUGGAUUUUACCGAUCUGCAGUAA